AUGUGCUCUCAAUGGUAUAUCCUAAGUGUAGCGACAGCUCUCAUCGUCGCGGUGCUUGGAAACCACCCGCCUUCGUCAACAGACAGGCCACAAAUUGAUCUGGGCUAUGAAAUUCACCAAGGACAUUUCAAUGCCACCGGUCAAUUCUACAAUUUCUCCAACAUCCGCUAUGCAGCACCUCCCGUGGGAAAACUGCGAUUCGCACCACCAGUCUUUCCAUCAACGCGUCACAAAGUCUUCAACAACGGCUCAAACUUUGCAAUAUGUCCCAAUGCCAGUCCAGCAUGGGGUUCAGUCGCAAUAAAAUAUAUGACUGCAGGCAUUGACUCUAUCAAUAUCGAGGCUGGGUACACGAUCCCGAAUAUCACCACAGCUCCACCAGCCAGGCCCGGGACGAAUGAAGAUUGUCUCUUUCUAGAUGUCUUGGUGCCAAAGGAGGUAUUUGAUGAUGAUACGAGACAGAAUGGCGCGCCUGUAGCCGUUUGGAUCCAUGGCGGAGGCUACACGGCUGGAUGGAAAACACAAUACGGCAGCGGCGUAGGCCUAAUCAACGCAAGUCGCCUCCAAAACAAAGAACCCAUCAUCUACGUCGCCAUCAACUACCGUCUCGGCCUCUUCGGUUUCCUCUCAGGCAAAACCUUCACUCACCAACACGGGACUCCCAAUGCUGGCCUCCUCGACCAAAGACUCGCGCUCCAAUGGAUCCAGAAACACAUCUCCAGGUUCGGCGGUGAUCCGAAUCGCGUGACUGUCAUGGGUGAGUCUGCAGGAGGAGGGAGUAUCAUGCAUCAGAUCACCGCGUACGGUGGCAGAGGAAAGAAAGGCAGAGCUCCCUUCCAGCAAGCCAUUAUUCAGAGCGGAGCCUUCCUCCCUGUUCCGGAAAUGGAGAGACAGGAAAGUAUAUAUUCGAAGUUUCUGAACGUUGCGGGAGUGCAGACGUUAGACCAGGCGAGGGAUUUGUCGACAGAGGAAUUGCAGUUCGUGAAUGCUAAGUUGGUGGGAGAAUCUGCGUAUGGAGAUUUGACAUUCAAUCCCGUCGUAGACAACACAUUCUCCCCCUCCCUACCCGGCCAGCUCCUCCUCUCCGGCUCCUACGACAAAUCCAUCCGCAUCCUCGUCGGCCACAACGCCAACGAAGGACUAGAAUUCACAUCCCCAUUUAUCCUCACCCCCUUAACAUUCAAACAAAACAUCGUCUCCGUCUCCUUCCCCAACGCCGAUGACCGGAACGUCACGUCAUACAUCCUCGACACGCUAUACCCGGAUACCCUAGAUGGCAGCCACGGAUACAAUAGCCCCAUUGCAAGAGGAGCGAGUAUUGUCUCUGAAGCCCUGUUCUCGUGUAACGCGCUGUACCUGUCUCGAGCAUUCGGUUUGGAUGGCGGCGCCCACCACAGAACUGGACGUGGGAAUGGGCGCUUGAAGGGUAAAAACGACGCGUGGAGUUACCGAUUCAGCGUCCCGCCUGCUCUGCAUGGGGAUGAUAUCCACUAUACGUUCUACGAGGGUCCAACGCCGACCGUCAAGAACGACACUCUGGCGCUGAUCAUGCAGGGAUACUUCACGAAUUUCAUCAGAGGUGGGGAUCCGAAUGGAGAUGGGUUGCCGAGGUUUGAGAGGUAUGGGGAGAGUACGGCGGCUGGGAAGGAUGUUGGUGUGGUGAUGGAUUUGGAGCUGAAUGGUACGAGGAUGAGAGAGGAUGAUUUGCCGCUGGACAGGUGUUUGUGGUGGCAGCAGGCGCUGUAUGCUUGA